ACGAGUAUAUUGGAGAUCUUAUAGUAUCUAUACUUACUGAUAUUAAGAAAGCAGACAAAGAGAUUGGAUAUAUCUUGUAAUGGAUCCAUGGAUGAAUCUUACGGUGACUGGUAACAGUAGUCACAAUUAUUUUAUGAUAAAAAUUAAGAAUGGAAGAUUAUUACCAUAUUCCCUCUAUCUAUCGAAUCUGUCAUAUUUAGUUAGUUAUUAAUGUUUGAGCAAGUAAGUGCUGAAAUACUGUGCAGUAUUGGUUUUGGAUUUCAAGGAACAUUUAUUAAGUGAAAGUAUGUUUAGUCCUAUACCAAUAAAGUACGAAUAUGUAGGAGGAGAAGAUGUCAGUAGAAAUGGUAGGAUUGAUACUUCAGAUAAUUCGAAAUAUCCUUUGUUUAUCAAUCAAGAUCCUGAAUGUAGAUAUCGUCAGUUACCACAAUUUUGGGAUUAUGCACAAUCAUCUGCAAAUCUUCCUCAAAAAGAUGAAACUUACAACUGUCAGGAUCUGCUUCAAGUACAAGUAAAUAAUCAUUAUAAUUGUAAAGGAUAUCUACUAUUAUAUUACAUAAUAUGUAAUAAUGAAUAUUUUUUUCUUCUAAAAGAAACUGGUUCUUUAACAUAUGUGAAAGAUUACUUCCAUCAUGGCAUAUUAUUUCAACUUAACCAACAUCAAGAGGAAGCUGCUACACAAACUCAAUUUUCUGAUCAGAGCCAACAGAAUUUAUCAGAUGAAACGCAAUCAACACAAGGAUUACAAUAUUCACAGCAGUCUAAAAGUGUUAAUCAAACUGCAACAACUGUGCAAGCAAUUCCCUCUAUAAGACAUAAUCGUCCAGGAAGACCUCCAAAAGGUUCUUCUGAAACUACAGUGACAAAGAAAUUAAAGUGUCAGUGUGAAAUUUGUUUUAAAGAGUUUGGACACAAGAGUAAUUUAUUUAUUCAUAUGAGAACUCAUAAUGGGGAAAGACCAUAUAAAUGUAAUCAGUGUGAGAAAUGCUUUACACAUAGUGGAAAUUUAGCGAUUCAUAUGAGGACUCACUCAGGUGAAAGGCCAUAUGGUUGUCAAAUAUGUGGUAAAAUGUUUAGUCACAGUGGAAAUUUAUCUACACACUUGCGUACUCAUUCAGGGGUAAAACCAUAUAAAUGUUCUGUAUGUGGUAAAGAAUUCAGACAUAGUGGGAAUUUAUCAAUACAUGAGAGGAUACAUUCUGGUAUUAAGCCAUUUCAAUGUAAAAUCUGUGGAAAAGAUUUCUAUCAUAGUGGAAAUUUAACAACUCAUAUGAAAAAACAUACAGUAAACAUAAAUACGAAUGUGGAAAUUUGUGACAAUGGUACAAAGCAAAUGCAAAAUACAAAAGAUCAUGAUGAUGUUCCUCAUUCAAAUUCACUAAGUAAUGUAACACUGACUUCACAGAUAAGUGAUAUUGAAAUAAUACACCAUACAGUUAAUGUGGUUCCUGUAAAAAAUGAAUGUAUUGAUGAGCCUAGAUCAGAUAAUACUUUAAUAUCAAAACCAACGACUACAUAAGUUCUUAAAAA